AUUUAUAAUAUAAAUAACCUUUAUACCCUCUUUAAUCUUACAGAAACAAAGAAUUUAUAACCCAUUUGCCAUGGUGAUUCUGCUUCUGCUUGUCCUUUCUUCUUUCAAUUCAUUAUCUUCUGCACAAUCAGAUUCUCUUUACGACAAUUUUGUUCAAUGUUUAGCACAAAGGAAUGUCCCAAAUGACCAAAUUUCAAGAAUUGUGUACAAUCCCACUAACCCCUCUUUCACAUCGGUUCUUGAAUCCUACAUUAGAAACCGCCGCUUCAACGUUUCCACUACUCCUAAACCAAGCAUAAUCGUCACCCCUCUCGAGGAAUCCCAUGUUAGUGCAACUGUUUUGUGCGCUAAAAAACUAGGAAUUCAACUCAAAAUCCGCAGUGGCGGACAUGAUUAUGAGGGCAUUUCGUAUGUUUCUAUUGUCGAAUUUGUCAUUCUCGAUAUGUUCAAUUUCCGGUCGAUAAACAUCGACAUGGCGACCGAGACUGCCUGGGUUGGAUCCGGUGCUUUGCUUGGCGAACUCUAUUAUAGAAUUUCGGAAAAAAGUAAUGUCCAUGGAUUCCCCGGCGGGGUUUGCCCCACCGUAGGCGUAGGCGGCCAUCUAAGUGGUGCCGGUUAUGGCAACAUGUUGCGUAAACACGGCCUGACAGUCGAUCAUGUGAUCGAUGCUAAGAUUGUCGAUGCCACCGGCAGAGUUUUGGAUAGGAAGUCAAUGGGAGAGGAUCUUUUUUGGGCCAUUAAAGGAGGUGGUGGUGCUAGUUUUGGUGUGAUUUUGGCUUACAAAAUCAAGCUAGUCCCUGUACCAGAAGUUGUUACAGUUUUUCGAAUUGAGAAGAUGAUGAACCAGAAUGCAACUGAAGCUGUUUAUCAAUACCAAACAAUUGCAGACAAAAUCGACAAUGAUUUGUUCAUAAGGGUUCUCUUACAACCUAUUACAAGGAACAAAAUCAGGUCUGUUCGAGCAACAUUUAUUGGCCUGUUUCUAGGCGAUGCCAACAGACUACUGUCCGCAACAGAUUCUGAAUUCCCACUAUUGGGAUUAAAGAAGGCCGAUUGCAAGGAAAUGUCUUGGAUUUACUCAGUUCUAUUCUGGAGCAAUUUCGACAACACUACAAAGCCAGAAGUUCUGCUGAGUCGAACCCCCGAUUCUGUAAACUUCUUGAAGAGGAAAUCGGAUUACGUUAAAACCCCGAUUUCCAAGAGUGACCUGGAAUCUUUGUUCAAAAAAAUGGUCGAAGUAGGAAAAGUCGGGAUGGUUUUCAAUUCCUACGGUGGACGAAUGAGUGAAAUCCCGGAGUCUGAAACUCCAUUCCCUCAUCGGGCAGGGAACAUUUUCAAGAUUCAAUAUUCAGUUAACUGGGAAGAUGAAGGAGAAGAAGCAGACCAGAAUUACAUACAACAGAUACGAGAAAUGUACAGUUACAUGGCUCCUUUUGUAUCAAAGAAUCCAAGAGAAGCAUAUCUCAAUUACAGGGACUUGGAUAUAGGUACUACAGAUAAUGGUAAAGACAGUUACGACCAAGGGAAGGUUUAUGGAGUGAAGUAUUUCAAGGAUAAUUUCAACAGACUGGUGAAAAUUAAGACCAUGGUUGAUCCGGACAAUCUCUUUAGGAACGAACAAAGUAUUCCCGUGUUGCCCUUUCGUGGGAGAAAAGUCAGAAAAUAGAGCGUCACGAGCACCACUCAUUUUAUUGGUCAUUGGUCAAUGCUUCAUUGCUAGCACUAUUACUCUUCUUUAACGUCAAUACAGAAAUUUCAACACAUACUAAGUAUGUUCCUAGUGGGCGGGCGCGUACUUGUAUACAUACGCACCUCGAUUAUUCAUUGGUCACAUGAUCAUUAUGUAUUACUUACAUAGAUUCAAGAAGUCUUGCUGGUUCUUGUACCUGAUUAUCCAUUUUGCAGUCUGCAUUUCAUUAUAUACUAGAGGUUGUUAAGCAAAUAAAUGAAAGAGAUAACAUUUCAAACUC